AUGUCAUCAAUUGAACCCCCGAGCCAAAGUAUUCCAUUGAAUCUAGAAUCUUCAUUUUAUCAAGACAAAAUCGCAAUUACGCGCUCGGAACAUUUAGAAGUUUUAGUACGGGCAUCAGACAUCCACGAGACGAUUAAUUGGAGAGGGCGAAAUUUUGUUUCACACAAAUGCAAGGCAUCAGACGUUUUCAGUAAAAUCAAAAGAAUGACUAGAAAGAGGAGCUGGAUUGGAUUUUUAGAAAUUGACAUCACCGUUUACAAUCAACAGAAACAAAGUAAGAACCGGAAAUUCCUGUUGCGUCGAAAGAUGUUUCUUCCGGAGAUAGAUGGAGAAGUCUGUUUUCAGGAUAUCAAAUCUCGAAUUGUUGGUUGGUUACAACCCACUUUGGGUGUGCAGUGUGUUGUUAUAAUCAGACCCCGGGAAGACCUCAAUUACGGAUUUAUCCCGCAGCAUUUAUAUGAAUUGAGCAAGAACUUUCGUGGUCCUGUAUGA